AUGAUUUCUCAAAACCAAAGUGCUUUUAUUCCCAAGAGGAGUAUUUCUGAUAAUAGUCUGCUGGCUAAUGAGGCUAUAUUUGUUGUCAAUCACUGUGACAAAAUUGAAGGCAUUGCUGUCAUUAAACUUGACAUGUCCAAAGCUUAUGAUAAGCUAGAAUGGUCUUUUCUUGAAAGUGUCCUGACUAGAAUGGGUCUCUCAAACCACUGGAUCAAGCUCAUUAACCAGUGUGUUUCUACAGUCUCAUAUUCCGUUCUUCUCAAUGGUAGCCCUACAGGUUAUUUUCAACCUGAAAGAGGCUUCAGACAGGGGGAUCCGCUUUCCCCCUAUCUCUAUAUCAUCUGCUCUGAAGCUCUUUCCUCAUACAUUGAUAGCCUUCAAAAAAGAAAGGGAUCUCAGAAGGCAUCAAGGAAAAUUCCUGAACAUAGGAAAGCCAUGUUGGCUAAUAUUUUACAGAUUAAUAACAGUGACUUGGGAGAAAAGUAUCUUGGCACUCCUACUGUGUUUCAAGCUUCUAAAAUUCAAACCCAUAUGGGUAUUCUCCAAUCCGUGGAUGCCAGAAUCACUAUCUGGCUCCACAAGCUUCUGUGUCAAGCUGCUAGAACUACUUUGAUUAAGCAUAUUGGCCAGGGGGAAACCUUAGAUCCUAAAGACAGGAAACUGCAUCUUCUAGGAUGGGACAUUCUUUGUUCCCCAAAGGCUGAAGGUGGUCUAGGUUUUAGAAAGUCUGAGUUUAACAACCUGGAUAUGUUAGCUAGGAGUGGCUGGAGAAUCCUAGAAAAUCCUACUUGUAUACUAGCCACUGUUCUCAAAGCUAAGUAUUUUCCAAAAACUGAUUUCUUGAAUGCUAAGUGUACUGGGGAUGGUCAAUUUAUUGACCCAUGGUGUGACAAAUGGAUCCCUUCCAUGGGAUCUUCCAUACCCAACCCUCUAGUCCCUCGUGAUCCUAGCAUUAAAGUUUCUUAUUUUAUUGAUUCUCAUACUAGAACCUGGAAUUUGUCCAGGCGUAACACAAAUUUUGAUAAUGCUCCUGUUAAGAAUAUUGUCACCAUUUCCUUAAGCCAGCUUUGCACUCCUGACAGGAGGGAUUGUGAUAUUUCAGAGAAUGGAAAAUUUUCUUCAAAAUCUGCCUACAUGGGUCUCAGAGGAUUUGUGAUGAGAGACUUUUCAAAGAAAGCUACCCUUUGUGCCUCCUUGGUGUUUGAAGUGAAAUCUGCUGAAGAAGCUGAAGCUAGAGCCAUUUGGGAUGUUCUGAAGAAAGCAUUGGAGCAACAGUUAACUCAUGUCAUUGUUGAAAUUGAUGCUAAGACUCUUAUCGACCAAUUUUCAGUUGGCCAGUUCGAUGGAGACUCGCGUACGGAUGCAAUUUUUAAAGACAUUAAGUUUUUCUCUUCUAAGUUAGCAGCUUGUGUUUUUAGUUUCCAACCACGUACUUGUAAUUCUGUAGCUCAUGAGCUUGCUCAAUGGGCAAAAACAAACAAUACCUAUGUACUAGUCUGUGCCUCCUGUUUGGCUUCUGCCAACAGUUGA